UGAAAUUUUUAGGACUGCAAAGGUCAGCCUCGUAAAAUAUGUCUGUGAAUUUGGUCUGACUCCCUGUUCAAUUGAUUAUCUCGCAGAAGGAAGAAGUGGGUUUUGAGCAUCAGGCUGCAAUCAUGCCUGAUGUUCCUCCUCCAGAACAGCUCCUUAAUCUGGAGGAGAUACGAGAAAGACGGCUUACUGAUCCUCGCUUCCCAUCCCAAUAUAGGAACUUGGCAGCUAAAAAGAAGUUUACUCCUUGGCCCAUAGAAAUGAGAUUCUGUGAAGAUUCAGCAUCUCAACAUAAACCAAGCUUAAACUACUGGUUUAGAGCUCGGGGAAAACUUUCAGAUGACCAAGCUCUACAUAGAUGUGUUGUAGCAUAUGCUUCGGACCUACUAUAUUCUGGUGUGAGCCUUAACCCUCAUCGGGAGAAGGGUUUGAAGACAUACUCGCUCAGUCUUGAUCAUUCCAUCUGGUUCCACAAACCUGUGAAGGCUGACGAAUGGUUGCUGUAUGUGAUCGAGAGCCCAUCUGCACACGGUGGUCGGGGUUUCGUCACUGGACGCAUGUUCAACAGGCAAGGAGAGCUUAUCAUGUCGCUAACCCAAGAGGCGUUGAUUAGAAAGGAGAAGCCACGAGGACGAAAUCUGAGGCCGAAGCUUUGAGAGAUGCACCAUCCUUUCUUCUAAUUUGGUUUAAAUAUUUAUGAAUUCACAAGCAAAAAUGUACAAUCAGUGGUGGAGCAGCUUUAUCGAAAACCUGGAGUUCCUAGAGGACCCUUUAGGUGUUCUCUUAGCUCUAUUUUUUUUCCCCUAGAGCAGAGUUUGUAGAGCUGCACCUAUUUAGCUGAAAAAUAUGGAGCGGUACAGUCAAACACGCCCUUAGUGCUUGCACCAUUCUCUUUCUGGAGUAUAAUACGUGGUUGAUACGAAAAGGGGGGAAGGAAAACAAUAUUUGGUUGUGCAAUAUAUAUGCUCAAGACAUGUGUAGUAGCAGUCUUAGCUAACUUUCAGUGAAUCAAUAGUGCCAAGAAACGUCUCAUUUUA